AUCGAUUUCCUCUGCAAGGAGGGGGAGCUCGCGGAGGCGAGGUCUCUGUUCUCGAGGAUGAAGGAGAUGGGAUGCUCGCCAGAUGUUGUAACUUACAAUUCUUUGAUUGAUGGGUAUGGGAAAUGUGGGGAGCUGGAAGUGGUGGAGCAGCUUCUGGAGGAGAUGAGGAGGUCUGGUUGUAAAGCUGAUGUUGUGACAUACAAUGCAUUGAUCAAUUGCUUUUCCAAGUUUGGGAGGAUGGAGAGAGCAUACAGCUACUUUGCUGAGAUGAAGAGGGUGGGGGUGGUAGCAAAUGUAGUAACCUUUAGCACCUUUGUUGAUGCAUUCUGCAAGGAGGGAUUGGUGCAAGAGGCAAUGAAGUUGUUCGCGCAGAUGAGGGUGAGGGGGAUGAUGCUGAAUGAGUUUACGUAUACGUGUUUGAUUGAUGGAACAUGCAAGGCAGGGAGGCUUGACGAUGCUAUUGUGUUGCUUGAUGAAAUGGUACAGCAAGGGGUGCCGUUGAAUGUGGUAACAUACACUGUGUUGGUUGAUGGCCUAUGCAAAGAAGGGAAGGUUGUGGAAGCAGAGGAUGUUUUGAGGAUGAUGGAGAAGGCUGGUGUCAGAGCCAAUGAAUUGCUUUACACUACAUUAAUCCAUGGCCAUUUCAUGAAAAAGAACAGUGAGAAAGCACUUGAUUUGCUAAAUGAGAUGAAGAAUAAAGGAUUGGAACUUGAUGUUUCACUCUAUGGUGCACUCAUUCAGGGGCUUUGUAAUGUGCACAAGUUGGAUGAGGCUAUGAGUUUGUUAAAUAAAAUGGACGAGUCUGGCCUGGAACCCAAUUAUAUCAUAUAUACAACUAUGAUGGAUGUGUGUUUUAAAUCAGGAAAGGUGUCAGAAGCCAUUGCCAUGCUGCACAAAAUUCUGGAUUCUGGAGUCCAGCCUAAUGUAAUAACGUAUUGUGCAUUGAUUGAUGGAUUGUGUAAAGCAGGAUCGGUUGAUGAGGCAGUCUCCCAUUUUAAGAAAAUGAGAGACAUAGGACUAGAUCCUAAUGUUCAGGCUUACACUGCUUUGGUUGAUGGUUUAUGCAAGAAUGGUUGUUUGAACAAGGCUGUACAGUUGUUUAAUGAAAUGGUUGAGAAAGGCAUGUCUUUGGACAAAGUUGUGUACACAGCUCUUCUGGAUGGGUACCUGAAGCAGGGAAACCUCCAUGACGCCUUUGCCCUCAAGGCCAAGAUGAUUGAUAGUGGUUUGCAACUUGAUCUCUUUUGCUACACUUGUUUUAUAUCAGGUUUCUGUAAUCUAAACAUGAUGCAAGAAGCUAGAGAAGUUUUUUCAGAAAUGAUUGGACAUGGUAUUGCUCCUGAUAAGGCAGUUUACAGCUGUCUAAUAAGCAAAUACCAGAAAUUAGGGAACUUGGAGGAGGCAAUUGAUCUUCAGAAUGAAAUGGAAAGAGCUUUACCAUCUUGUACAGAUAGUGAUACUGCAUCUGAUGCAUAUUCCACUGAUUCAGUAUAAUUAUCCUGAUAUUUUUCGGCUGGCUCAAGUUGCUCAACAAACUGAAUUAGGUGCCAAAUUUUAAAAGGCACAUGAAAAUUUCCUGUUAGCCUCGGAAUGCACCCCAGCAAACACAAGUGUCCUGCUUCUCUACUAGGUUGCAGAUAUCACCUAUUAUACUUCAGCUGUUGCAUAUGCCAGUAACAGAUCAGUUAUGUAUGAACUGUCAAGCAAGCAUGUAGGUGCAGGCCUUUUCUCAUGAUCCAGUUUCCCAUGGGCAUAAUCAUUUUGUCCAAGCCACAAGUGCCAGAGGAUUAAUGGACUGAUUCUUGUCUUUUGAAAUGGCAAAAUAGUCCUUUUCAUUAUGUUACUACAGGGGUCUCACUUAACCAUAAGGAGGCAGUAGGUGUUGCACCUCCUUAUCUCAUAUCGCCUGCCCAUCCUUCAGGGAAUGAGAUAUAAAAUGGAAUUGAUGGAAGCAGCAUGAGAAAGAAACACCACAGAGCUGGAAAAUUACAGUGUGUUUUGCUAUAGUCUGUUCUUCAAUAACUGCAGAAUAGUAUCAGACUGCAGAUGUGUCUGAUAUCUGAUGUUAUCGCUGCAAGUUUUUCCAUCUGCUAUGUGUACUGGUUUCUUGAUACUGCUAUCAGCCACAGUGAUGCAAUAACCAAACAGUUUGAGGUUAAGAUUCAUUGUUUGCUACAAAAGGACCUACUAGGACCUAGGAAGAACAUCGUAAUGGCUGCAACUGACUGGCUUCAGGUUUCAACUUGAUGUUGGUUAUAACUGAGGUGUGUUCAAUUCAGGAUAAGCAUUCUAUCCUGCCAGUCAUCAGGGCAUUCUGUUCAACUAAUUUAAAGAGGUGGUGCUACCAGUAUGCAGAGGAAAUGCAUUUGCUGACAAUAAUCUCGGAACUGGGGAUGAUACUAACAAUUUUUUUAGAAAAGAAGAAUAAUUUGGCUGUACAUUUUUUGGAAGAGGUUCAACAAUAUUUUGGUGAAGAGGUGAUCUUUUAGAGUACUGCAGGCUUCAAAACAUGAUAGAGCCGAGAAGCGGUUUUUCUAGACAAGAUCUUGUCGCAGUCUCAGGCAAUUUUUUUUUUGAGUGAUUAGUCAUAAACAAAGAAAAGUAACAUAGUCUCACAAUAGAUAUGACUUGGUAUUCUCUGUUACGUAGAUCUUUUUGCACAUAAGCUUUUUGUAUUGUAGUGUUGUUCCCAAAUCAUUUAUUAUUUUUCCCAAGAAAGAUUGCAAUU